AUGUCCUCCCAGAGCAUCAUCCACCUGUCCCUGGACAAGCCCACCCGUGCGGUGUGCAUGGUGGGUGAGGAGAUCACCUUGGACCUCAUUGGCUGUGCCCCGCCCAAGUGCUCCUCCUUCAGCAUCAGGAGCUCCGCAAGGGUCUCCGUGAACAUCCCCCAAAUAGUCCCGGUGACGACCAACAAGGAGGGCACCAACAUCCAGCUGCUCCCGUGCGAGUUCAUGGACGUGCUGGUGAAGAUGACGGCCCCCAGCCCUGGCGUCGGGGAGGACAAGGUCUCGGUGCAGUACUACCUGCCAGAUUGGAAGGUCCCCAUGGCCACCGCCGAGCUCUUCCUCACCGGCCUCGAGGUCUCCCUGGACGUGGACAUCAACCGCAGCGGGAAAGUGGAGGCGCCGAAAGACAAAUGGACUAAGAAGGACUGGGUCUGGGGCCCCAGUGGUUGGGGAGCCAUCCUGCUCGUGAACUGCAAACCGAAUGGCCAUGUCCAGGACGGAGACAAGAACAAGGAGUUCUCGUCCGAGGAAAUAAAGACUCUGUCCCAGAUGGUGCUGAGCGUCCAGGGGCCCAGCUGCGUGUUAAAGAACUACCGGCUGCUUCUCUACACCUCCGAGCACGAGGCCAGGAAGGGCAGAGUCUACCGGCGCCAAGCCCACAACUCAGACACCUUCGACUUGGUGCUGGGGCCUGGCUGGCACACUCACAACUUUGCCCCCCUGGAGGGCCCCCUGAAGGAGACCUUCUAUGUGGAAGCCACGGAGUUCCCGUCCGCCACCUUCUCCGGCCUGAUCUCCUACUCAGUCUGCCUGGUGGAACAGUCUGAAAACUCGCUGAUUCCAGAGACCCUGGCGUACAAGGACACGGUGGUGUUCAGGGUGGCUCCUUGCAUCUUCCUCCCGAGCACCCAGAGGCCUCUGCAGCUCUACUUGUGCAGAGAGCUGCAGGUGCACGGCUUUGUGGAGUGGGUGACCGAGCUCAGCAAGAAAAAUAACAGCAAUGUGGUGUCUGUCUACGAGGACCCCCACCGCCUGGGCAGGUGGCUCCAGGACGAGAUGGCCUUCUGCUACACCCAGGCGCCCCACAAGCUGAUCUCCUUGGUCUUGGACACCCCCCGGAUCCCCGACCUCGAAGACUUCUCCAUGAAAUACUCACUGAGCCCAGGGGUUGGCUACGUGACCCAACUCACCGAGGACGGGAAGGUGAUCACGAUGGAUUCCAUUGGGAACCUGAUGGUGUCCCCACCCGUCGAGGCCAAAGGGAGAGAGUAUCCUCUAGGCAGGCUCCUCAUUGGCGGCAGCUUUUACCCCAGCAAGGACGGCCGGGACAUGAGACAGCGCCUCCGGGGCUUCCUCUACGCCCAGCAAGUCCAGGCCCCGGUGGAGCUCUACACAGACUGGCUGAUGGUCGGCCACGCGGACGAGUUCAUGUGCUUCAUCCCCACGAAGGCCAAGGGUGAGAACGACAAGGACUUCCGGCUGCUGCUGGCCAGCCCCCACGCCUGCUACCAGCUCUUCCAGAAGAAGCAGAAGGAGGGCUAUGGAGACAUGGCCCUGUUUGAGGAGGUGCGGGAGGACCAGCUCCUUUCUAACGGGAGGGAGGUCAUUACCAUCAACCAGCUUCUGGACGAUGACAUCCUGAGGAAGCAGAACGACUACGUGGAGAAGUGCAUUAACCUGAACCGAGCCAUCCUGAAGCGGGAGCUGGGCCUGCUGGACAGGGACAUCAUCGACAUCCCACAGCUCUUCUGCUUGAGGCAGCUGAGCAACGUGCCCUCCGCGGAGCAGACCGAGAAGCUCUACGCCAGGCCCUACUUCCCCAACCUGCUGCAGCUGAUUGUGAUGGGCAAGAACAUGGGCAUCCCCAAGCCGUUUGGGCCCCAGAUCAAGGGCAUGUGCUGCCUGGAGGAGAGGGUCUGCCAGCUGCUAGAACCCUUGGGCUUCAAAUGCACCUUCAUCAACGACUUCGACUGCUACAUGACCGAGGUCGGAGACUUCCGUGCCUGCGCCAACGUCCUCCGCCUGCCCUUUGCCUAUAGAUGGUGGAAGAUCGUGCCUUAGACCCAGCCUAGUGCUGCCAGCCCGGGCUGCCCCUCUGUGCUGGGGGUGGGGCUGGAGUUGAGAAGCCCCCUUAUCGUGUUCCCCCACCCCUCAGAAUCCAGUGGGGU